CAUCUGGCCCUGCGGACUUGUGAAUGUUGACCUGUUUAAAGGUCUUACUCACAUCGGCUACGAAGGACGUGAUCACACAGUCAUCUGGAACAGCUGAUGCUCUCAUGCAUGCUUCAGUGUUGCUUGCCUCAAAGCUAGCAUAGACGGUAUUUAGCUCGUCUGGUAGGUUAAUGUAACUGGGCAGCUCGCGGCUGUGCUUCCCUUUGUAGUCCGUAGUAGUUUGCAAGCCCAACGAGCAUCAGAGCCGGUGUAGUACGAUUCAAUCUUAGUCCUGUAUUCACAGUUUGCCUGUUUGAUGGUUCGUCGGAGGUCAUAGUGGGAUUUCUUCUUAGCACCCGGGUUAGAGUUCCGCUUCUAUCCUUUAGUUCAGUGCGGCUGUUGCCUGUAAUCCAUGACUUCUGAUUGGGGUAUGUACAUACGGUAACUGUGGGGACGACGUUAUCGAUGCACUUAUUGAUGAAGCCAGUGACUGAUGUGGUGUACUCCUAAAUGCCAUCGGAAGAAUCCCGGAACAUAUUCCAGUCUGUACUAGCUAAAACAGUCCUAUAGCCUAGCGGACAAUUCCUUCGACCUCAUGGCUUGGUUUUUUUCUCUGACAUGCACUGUCAACUGUAGGACCUUAUAUAGACAAUUGAAUUUAGCACAGGUGGACUUCAAUCAAGUUGUAGAAACAUCUCAAGGAUGAUCAAUGGGAACAGGAUGCACCUGAGCUCAAUUUUGAGUCUCAUAGCAAAGGUUCUGAAUACUUAGGUAUUUAGGUAUUUUUGUAUUAAUUUUUUUUUUUUAAUUUGUAGACAUUUCUAAAAACCUGUUUUAUGCUUUGUCAUUAUAGGGUAUUGUGUGUAGAUUGAUGAGGAAAUACUAUAAAAAUCAAACUUUCAUUAAAUCACACAUACAAAAAGGCUUUUCGGCGAAAGCAAACAAUGCUAUUAUCUGAGGAUAGCACCUCCGUAAACAAAGAGAGAAACCAUAUUGCAACCCUGCAGGCGCGACGCGACACAAAACGCAGAAAUAAAAAUAUAAAUCAUGCCUUACCUUUGACAAGCUUCUUUUGUUGGCACUCCAAUAUGUCCCAUAAACAUCACAAAUGGUCCUUUUGUUCGACUAAUUCCGCUGAUAUACAUUAUGGCGCGUUUGAUCCAGAAAAACACUGGUUCCAAAAGUUACGUGUAAACUUUGCCAAAACAUUUCAAGCUACUUUUGUAAUACAACUUUAGGUAUUUUUUUACGUAAAUAAUUGAUAAAAUUGAAGACAGGAUAAUCUGUGUUCAAUACAGGAAGGAAACAAACUGUAGCUAGCUUUCUGGUCAUGCGCCUCUAUCUAACAGUACACUUCAAGUGACCCUCGUUCAAGAUGGCCGUACUUCUUCAUUACACAAAGGAAUAACCUCAACCAAUUUCUAAAGACUGUUGACAUCCAGUGGAAGCGAUAGUAACUGCAAGAAGGUCCCUUAGAAAUCUGGAUUCCCAAUGAAAACUCAUUGAAAAGUGAGUGACCUCAACAAAAACAAAAAUAUGAAUGGUUUGUCCUCAGGGUUUCGCCUGCUAAAUAAGUUCUGUUAUACUCACAGAUAUGAUUUAAACAGUUUUAAUUUCAGAGUGUUUUCUAUCCAAAUCUACUAAUUAUAUACAUAUCUUAUCUUCUGGGGAUGAGUAGCAGGUAGUUGAAUUUGGGCAUGCAUUUCAUCUGGAUGUGAAAAUACUGCCCCCUGUCACCAAGAAGUUAACCCAGAUGGUACACUUUUUGGGGGCAAGUGCUAGCAACGAUAUUGAGUGGACAUUUUGAAGAGUGUGCAUUCACAGAUAGGAAAUCUGAGUUUAUGACAUCUCAGGACACCCAGCGCAUGCGUCCACAAGAGAUUAUACCCUCGGAUGAAGCUGAGAAGAAACAAAACACUGGUGAAGUUAGUGAAAACUUGACCAUUUGUAACAAGCAUUGUAACAUGCAUUCGUUGUUACACCUCCGCAAUUACAGAAUGCAAUUGAUGACCUGUUGAUAUUACAGUGUAACUGUGAGUUAUUACAAUUAACUUCAAUACUUGUCACAGAGUAAUUAUCCAUGCAAUUACACUGUAAGGAUCCCUUAAAAGGAAGUGUUGCUUUAUAUUUCUGUGGUCACAUCUCAUAUCUAUAUUUCAAUGGUGUCUAUUUGUGCUGAAAAACUCUCAAAGCAUGGUAGCAUUUAAAUCUCUAAGAUGGGAUAUGUUGCAAUGUUUUUCACACUGAUUGAGUCUGUGUCACCCAACCAGAAAAAGUCAUCAGCAAUGAGGGAGAGUAUAAGGAAGAAGUAUGAGGACAUCCAGAGGGUUCUGGAUGAGGACCUGGGGAUGACUCUAACCCACCUGGAGAUGGAGGAGAGAGCUGCAGUCACAGCCCUGGAGGACCUGAUGGAGAAGAACUGCACCAUCAUUCAGGAGAUAGAGCAGGAUCUGGCCAGGCUCACAGCUGAGCUGGCCCAGAAGGACUUUCUACUGCCUUAUUCACUGGACACUGAGAUAGUUGGCAGAGUGAUAGAUCUGCUGAGCAGGACAGAUCCCAGCAAAGUGAACUUGGAUGAGCCUAAAGCUGACCAGAUCCUCAGCCUCACCAACAACAUGCUGCUACUCAUACGCUCCCAGACCCCCAUCACCAAGAGACUCAUCAAGAGCUAUUCCACAGAGGUUUCCCUGGACCCAGAGACAGCGCAUCCUAAGCUGAUAAUUUCCCCGCGCGGUGACAGUGCCACCUACACAGACACCUGGCAGGAACUACCAGAGCUCCCGGGCCGCUUUGACACCACCCUCAACGUGAUCAGCCUGCAGGGUUUCAGCUCUGGGCGUCACUACUGGGAGAUAGACGUGGCUGGUAAGACGUACUGGGAGCUGGGCCUCACCUACCCCACCAUCUCCCGCAAGGGCCGAGCUGAGGACUGUUGGCUGGGCCGUGGCUCUGAUUCCUGGGCUGUGGAGUUCUUUGAUGGGGAGUACACAGCCUGGCACAGUGGGGUGCCCCACCAGCUGCCUGUCACAAAACACUUCCGCCGUAUUGGGGUGCUAUGUAGUUUCCCAGGGGGCCUGGUGUCUUUCCUGGGGGCGGACAGCAUGACCCCUCUGUUCUCGUUCUGCACAGGUGCUUUCAGGGACUGUCUCCACCUGGCGCUGUGCUCAGGUCACGAUCACAAUGGUACAAACACCAAACCCAUUGUGAUCUGUAAUGCACCUCCACCUCCUAGUGCUUUCCAGAAUGCCCAGGAAUGCUGACUCUGCUCCUUAUGAUGCUCCUACUGACUCUUAAAGGCUUUAUCAUUGGAUCAUCAGCAUUUAGUCAGCGAUGUUAUUUGACAAUUUCUCAUGUCGCUGCUCUUUUAUCUAUACAAGUACUUAAAUAUGCAUUCUGUAAUCUAUUAAUGACUGGAUCUAAGGUGCUGUUUCGAGGUAGAAGGGGAGGAUCAAGAUCCUUUUAAAUUUAUUGUGGUUCCAGUUUUAGAGAAGUCCAUAUCGUUUUAACCAAAGUAUUAGUGGUUUUAGCUAUCAAAUAAAUAUAUAUAUAUAUAUUGCUGCUCUGUAAACCAGACAGGGCCACAGAAGAAAGAUUUGCCGUAAAAUAAACUUUAUGCCCCUGGAGAGUAGCCUACACAGCUAACAUGUGAUGUGAAUCCAAAGUCUACACUCAAACAAAAAACAAUCUCUCUUUGUAAAUAGGAUCUCUGAGCUCUAAUGGUAAUAUCCAAUAGUAAAUGACUAGUCCUAUGUGCUAACUAUACUUUCACAAACAAUCUAGGUCAGUGUUGCCUGAAUUGAUG